CAUUCUGAACCCGCCAAAGCGGAGACAGCAAAACCCCCCCACCCAAAAACCGCUGAACCGAAAUCGCGGCUCCCUCCGCCGCCGCCGCCGCCGCCCGCCGGGAUGCCGAAGGCAACGGCCUCCUUCGCGUCCCUCCUCCCACAGCUAUGGCACCGCCCGGCCCCGCCGCCUCCUUUCCUCCACCGCGCCGUCUCCUCCUCAUCCUCUCCGCUCCUCACCGCCCGUGCCAUCCGACGUCACCCCUCGCCGGCGCCGCCCCUCGCCGCCGCGGCAGCAUCCACCUCCGCCGCGGCCGUCGAAGCCCCAGCAGUCGCAGCGAAUCCAGUUUAUGGCAGGCUCUUGCCUUGCCCUUUGCAAGAUGACCCUCCAAGGAUCGAGCACCUCGUCGCGCGGGAAGACGAGGUCGCCGUCGAUUUCAUCUCCAGGUCACUCAGCCUCCCGCCACUGUAUGUUGCAGAUCUCGUCAGGUUUGGGGCUGUUUAUUAUGCACUUGUCGCUCCGCAGCCGCCGCCUUACGCAGCUCCGGAGCAUGUUAGGAUUUUUAGAGAAGUGACCGAGCCUUCAAUCCUGCGGCGUAGGGCGUCCAUUAAAGGGAAGACGGUGAGAGAAGCACAGAAGACAUUUAGGGUGACAGACCCCAACCAGCGCCUUGAGGCUGGCACAUAUCUGCGAGUUCAUGUACAUCCCAAACGGUUUCCCCGGUGUUAUGAAGUUGACUGGAAAUCCAGGGUAGUAGCAGAAACUGAUAAUUAUGUCGUGCUUGACAAACCAGCCGCAACUUCAGUGGGAGGAGCAACUGAUAACAUUGAGGAGUCCUGUGUGGUUUUUACUUCACGCGCAUUAGGAUUAGAAACACCUUUAAUGACAACUCAUCAAAUUGAUAACUGUUCUGAAGGCUGUGUGGUAUUAUCUAAAACAAAGGAGUUUUGCUCAGUUUUCCAUAGAAUGAUAAGGGAAAAACAGGUUAAAAAACUUUACCUUGCACUUACUACAGCACCUGUGCCUACAGGAAUAAUCACACAUUAUAUGCGUCCUAUUAAUCGUGCUCCUAGAUUAGUUUCAGAAGAUGAUAUUAAAGGGUGGUAUAUUUGUCAAAUGGAGAUAUUAGACUGUAAGAAGGUACCAUGGCCAAGUUCUUUGAUCAGAAAAGUUUAUAAAGUGGACAGCUGUGGUUGGCCCCAACAGGAGGCUGCUUAUGAAUGUAAAAUCAAUCUCUUGACAGGAAAAACUCAUCAGAUACGAGCACAGCUUGCUGCCAUAGGCACUCCAAUUGUAGGGGAUUCUGCCUAUAUGACGGCAGCAAUGGCAGCAAUAACUAAUCCAAGCAUAAACCCAUUUGGUAGAGGGAGACUGAACUACGAUAGUGAAGAGGAAAAGGAAGCUGCUAUUGAAGCCUGGAUAUCUUGUCAUGGCAAAGAACCAAAAUCUGUAAUUGGCCUACAAGCAUCUGAGAUCUCAUGGGAUUAUGAAGGUGAACACCAUUCUUAUAGGGCAGGAGUUCCAUGGUGGCGGCAAGAUGCAGUUGAAUCUGACUUGAUCUGAAGAAGAAUAGCAGUGCGUCAGUAUAUGCGAUUUUCAGCCCUGAAACACUAUCCCUGAAGCCUGUGGUGUGGUUCAUUUUAUACGUUCUGGCAGAGAUCGGAUCUUAAUAUUUGGCAGCCGAAGAGAAACAUAACCAAAUAAGCAAAUAUGCCAAUCGCGAAAACCGAUGUUUGGCUGAGAACACGUGGUGCCACCAAUGAAGUGUUUACACACCAAAAAAGAAAAAUCUUCCGACAUUCUUCCAAAAAUAACUUGCUACAGAAUGUUCUACAUCUCAUGUGGAAUUUACUGACAGAGCUUGAGUUGUAGCUGUUACAGCCGGGGUGGAGUUGCUCAUUUACACUGCCACAGUGCCAUCCAUGGUAACAUUUUCCUCGGGUGUAAUUUUGUCAGAGUUUGCAUGUACAGAUUCAAAACGUGUAUCUUAUCAGUAACUUUGCCCUGGCAAUUUGUACUGUCUCAAGACAGUUUUCUGCUUCAGAUGGCACUGUUCAUACCAUCACAAGAUUGAAUUUGAGGCUCCACCUUUCCAAUUCACAGCUUUUGCACUGAGCUGGUACAUAUCUAAUGCAAAGGCCCAAGCUGAAUGUUGGCCCAAACUUGAAAACUGCCGUUGUGUUUUGUGGGCCUGAGCUGAGCGGUGAAUCUGAUUCGUGAAUGCUGACGGCCUCUUCUGCUGCACCUCGUGCGUUGCGAUCCGUACAGGUGCAAUGACGUGAUUGCUAGAGCAGCAGGUACAACAGCAGACAGACUAAGUAUAAACAUAUUUUAAAGAGACAAGAGAGGAGAGAAAAGAGAAUUAGGCUAUUAAUUUAUAGUCAGCUACA